UCCUCAAUCCAGACCUGAUUCUGUGGUUGAAACAGAAAAAUGUCAGUCAGGUGUUUCACGUAAAAGUCUACGUUUGACAUAGGCAAGCAAUUAUUAGACGCUGAGGAAAAACGUAAGACAGUCGUGUCUUUAUUACAAGUUCGGUUCCUUGGGAAAUUUCUUUAACAUAACAUUAGCGUAUGCGUAAAGACGAGACCAAGUGGAAAGACUACCGCUCGUGAAAGCACAAGUAAACUCUGGGCUAAACCCUCCCCCCCUCUAUUAUAGGCCGCAAGGUGGGCCGGGCGUCGCCUUGAUUGACGGCUUCCCGGAGUGAUUUGCCCCCCACGUGAUCCGCAAAAGGGGCCGGGAGUAAAAGAAGAGUCCUGCUGCCUGCGCUCUCAUUAUAGUCCAAUAGUCAUUGUAGGAGCCAGUUCUAUAGUAUCAUCUCCAUCCGCGUCCUCGAACCCCACUGAGCUUUUCCACACAUUUUUUGUGUCCAACAUUGGCUGUCAAGAAUCAUGGACUGUUUUUCUAUGCCUUGUUUUCUAGACAUCAUGAUUCCUGGUAACCGAAUGCUGAUGGUCAUUUUAUUAAGCCAAGUCCUGCUCGGAGGCACUAACUAUGCCAGCCUGAUACCUGACACGGGCAAGAAGAAAGUCGCGGCCGACAUUCAGGGAGGAGGUCGCAGGUCGCCUCAGAGCAAUGAGCUCUUGCGGGAUUUCGAGGUGACGCUGCUGCAGAUGUUCGGACUCCGCAAGCGGCCGCAGCCCAGUAAGGAUGUGGUGGUUCCCGCUUAUAUGCGCGACCUGUACAGGCUUCAGUCAGCGGAGGAGGAGGAUGAACUGCACGAUAUCAGCAUGGAGUACCCCGAGACACCCACCAGCCGCGCCAACACCGUGAGGAGCUUCCAUCACGAGGAACAUUUGGAGAAUCUACCAGGCACAGAAGAAAAUGGAAAUUUCCGUUUUGUGUUCAACCUCAGCAGCAUUCCAGAGAAUGAGGUGAUUUCUUCAGCAGAACUGAGACUCUAUAGAGAACAAAUAGACCAUGGUCCAGCGUGGGAUGAGGGUUUCCACCGGAUAAAUAUAUAUGAAGUUAUGAAACCCAUCACAGCAAACGGACACAUGAUAAAUAGGCUGCUGGACACGAGGGUAAUCCACCACAAUGUGACACAGUGGGAAAGUUUUGAUGUAAGCCCUGCAAUUAUGAGGUGGACCCUGGAUAAACAGAUAAACCAUGGGCUUGCCAUUGAGGUCAUUCACCUCAACCAAACAAAAACUUAUCAGGGGAAGCAUGUAAGGAUAAGUCGAUCUUUAUUACCUCAAAAGGAUGCAGACUGGUCACAGAUGAGACCACUUUUAAUUACAUUCAGCCAUGAUGGCAGGGGGCAUGCACUGACUAGGAGGUCAAAAAGAAGUCCAAAACAGCAGAGACCCCGUAAAAAAAAUAAACACUGCCGGAGACAUUCUCUUUAUGUGGAUUUCAGCGAUGUGGGCUGGAAUGAUUGGAUUGUGGCACCUCCUGGAUACCAGGCCUUUUACUGCCAUGGAGAUUGUCCAUUUCCCUUGGCUGAUCACCUAAACUCAACUAACCAUGCUAUUGUACAAACUCUGGUAAACUCUGUUAACUCAAGCAUCCCAAAAGCAUGCUGCGUCCCCACAGAACUGAGUGCUAUCUCCAUGCUUUAUUUGGAUGAAUAUGACAAAGUCGUCCUUAAAAACUACCAGGAGAUGGUGGUGGAAGGGUGUGGGUGCCGUUGAGUCUGAGAUCCAAACAAAAGACUGUUAACGGCUGGACUUCUUUCCACUGAACAUUCACCUUGACCUUAUUUAUGACUUUUAUGUGUAAAUGUUUUUUUGACAAUAUGAUCAUAUAUUUUGACAAAAUAUAUUUAUAACUACGUAUUAAAAGAAAAAAAAAAAUAAAAUAAGUCAUUAUUUUAAACAUAAGCUACUUCUUUGUACAAUGUGUUUAUAAAUGUACAUUAGGAUGAAUAUGGAUUUAUAUGGGAAUAGAGUAUUUUUUCUAUAAAUUACCUUGUGUUAAUAUUUAUUGGCAAUAUGGCUUAAAUCCCCCGUCCCCUUGUAAAUGAAUGUAAAUUAAGCUGAGGCAUAUUGCUGUCUGCAUGUCACAGUUGGAUUUAAAUUCCCGGCUUCUGGGAAUAGAACUACUUGACUUGCUAACCUGUGUGUGUGUGUGUUUUUUCUAAUUCAUUUGCAUGGAGACUCUGAAACACCUAUGUUGUUAUGCUAAAGUCUAUCAUACCUCCCACCAUCCUGUUGUAUAGCCUAAGUUCAAAGCUAUGCAUAGUUUUUUUGUUUUAGGUUAGCAAAAGGGCUGUUAAGUAGAGAAGUACUUUGAAAAAUAAUUUUUCUUUAAACAUCAAAGGUUACAGGAUUCUUUUGAAAGGUUAAAAACAUUAAAAUGCACAUAGACUUGACAAGUGAUAUGUUUAAAGUUGACAGAUGUGUUUAUUUGUAUUUUUUUACCGUAAAGAGAAAAAAAAAAUCUAGGAAUUUCAAAUAAAUCUGAACUUAUUUUCCAUAAGCAAGCAAAGACGUUCAUUUUGCGCGGGCAAUUUUUCAUAACUUUUUGGGGGGCUUGGAUGUCAUCUGGAAGAAUAAAAUUAUAAGCGCAAGGAAAA